AUGCCGAAGCAAGAGUUUGAGUUAGUUGACUUAAUGGGCCCAUUUGUGGUCGCUCUCAUCUUUGGCGUUGUGUUGUUGUUGAUCUCCUUUACCAUUAUUAACUGGUACUGUAUCACUCACAAAGAUGAUUUAACAGUAUUUGAGAAAGUAAGUGUUUGUUUAUUAUUGGAUAUUAUAGGUUAAAGAAAACGUUAUUGUGGUUAAUUUAACCUGUUUCUAAAAAAUUUCAGAAAAUUAGUCAAGACCAAAAUACAUUAUAUAAGGCUUUAUAUGUAUAUAAUAAUUAAUCAUAGUCUAAAACGUAGUAGUUGAUUAUAUUGUUUUAGUUAGGGAAACGAGCAGAUAUUCGUCUUGGCCCUCACAAAAUGUCUGUCAUUCGUCGUGGUGGGUAUGCGUCAACGUACGCCAAGGAGGACGAUGAGUACCGUAAGAAGAAGAGUCACGCUGCUCAGGUUGCUUUGGCAUCAGAAAUCGCUUAA